GGUUCAUGUAAUCAAAGAAGUUUCUUUGUUGUGUGUAUCUUUACAGAACACAACAGGAAUUGAAAAUGAAUCAGAACGCUCAUGAGCCUGCGGCAGCCACUGAGACCCUGGCCGAGGUACCUGAACAUGUGUUGCGAGGACUUCCGGAGGAAGUGAGGCUUUUUCCAUCUGCUGUUGACAAGACCCGUAUUGGUGUCUGGGCCACUAAACCAAUUUUAAAAGGCAAAAAGUUUGGGCCGUUCAUUGGUGAUAAGAAAAAAAGAUCUCAGGUUAAGAAUAAUGUGUACAUGUGGGAGGUGUAUUAUCCGAAUUUGGGGUGGAUGUGCAUUGACGCCACCGACCCUGAGAAGGGGAACUGGCUUCGAUAUGUGAACUGGGCUUGCUCGGGAGAGGAGCAGAACUUAUUUCCCCUGGAAAUCAACAGAGCCAUUUACUAUAAAACUUUAAAGGGAAGAAAAAAUCCCAGGAAAAUAAAAACAAAGGAAACAAAUCCCGAGACAUACAGCCGAAGACAAGUGAGCCAGAUUUCACCCCUGCAAAUAUGAGAGAUUCUGCAGAAGGUCCUAAAGAAGAGGAAGAGAGGCCUUUGGCUGAAGCGCCUGAACAGCCAACUGUACCGCAGGACGUGGUCAGCCAGGAUGCGCUUCCAGAACUGCUGAUCCCCCCCGCUGCCUGCGAGCCCCAGCCAGAGCUGGAAGGGAAACAAGAAGCCGCAGACUGUGAGGUGAAUGACCUGGAGGAGGAGGAAGAGGAAGAAGAAGAAGAAGAUGAUGAGUUGGAAGAAGAAGGGGAGGAAGACGCCGACAUGCCAGAUGAAAGUUCAGUGAAAGAGCCAGAAAUACAUUGUGACGAGAAGCCAGAGGAUUUGUUCGAAGAAACAAAAAGCGUUUCGAAUGAAACUCCUGAAGACUCCUCUGAAGUAACUCCUGUCAUCGAAAUCCCUGAAACUAAAGAGGAGGUCAAUGGUGAUGUAUUUGAAACGUUUAUGUUUCCGUGUCAGCAUUGUGAAAGGAAGUUUACCACCAAGCAGGGGCUCGAACGCCACAUGCAUAUCCACAUGUCUACAGUCAACCAUGCUUUCAAAUGCAAGUACUGUGGGAAAGCGUUCGGCACACAGAUUAACCGGAGACGUCAUGAGCGUCGCCAUGAAGCAGGGCUAAAGCGAAAACCCAGCGCAGCGGUGCAGCCAUCCGAGGACCUAGCUGAUGGCAAAGGUUCUGGAGAAAGUGUUGCUGCUAAAGAUGAGGCGAAUCCUCCCCAUCUUGGACAAGACUGCCUGACCUCCAACUCAGAGAAAGUUUCCCAAGAAACAAUGCAUCCUUCUGCCGUGGAAGAGAAUGGGGAAGUGAAGGAAUUCCAUCCGUGCAAAUACUGUAAGAAGGUGUUCGGCACCCACACGAACAUGAGACGGCAUCAGCGCAGAGUUCACGAGCGCCACCUGAUUCCCAAAGGUGUCCGGCGGAAAGGUGGCCUCCUUGAUGAGCCGCAGCCCCCGGCAGAGCAGGCGCAGCCCACCCCAAAUGUCUACGUACCCAGCACAGAGCCAGAGGAGGAAGGGGAAGCAGAUGACGUCUACAUCAUGGACAUUUCCAGCAAUAUCUCUGAAAAUUUAAAUUACUACAUUGAUGGCAAAAUUCAGACCAACAACAGCACUAGUAACUGUGAUGUGAUUGAGAUGGAGUCUAAUUCGGCAGACUUGUAUGGCAUAAAUUGUCUGCUCGCUCCGGUUACAGUGGAAAUUACUCAAAAUAUAAAGACCACACUGGUCUCCGUAACAGAUGACGUUCCUAAAGAGCCUUCGAGCAGCACAAACUGUGAGUCCAAGAAACGGAGGACUGCAAGUCCACCCGUGCUUCCCAAAAUUAAAGCCGAAACAGAUUCUGACCCCACCGCACCCUCCUGCUCCUUAAGCCUGCCUCUUAGCAUAUCGACAACAGAGGCCGUGUCUUUCCAUAAAGAGAAGAGUGUUUAUUUGUCAUCCAAGCUCAAACAGCUUCUCCAAACGCAGGAUAAGCUGGCUCCUCCUGCAGGGAUUUCAGCAUCUGAAGUCCCUAAGUUAGGUCCCAUGUGUGUGUCCGCACCCGCAUCCAUGUUAGCCGUGACCUCAAGCAGGUUUAAGAGGCGGACCAGCUCCCCACCCAGCUCUCCACAGCACAGCCCCGCCCUUCGAGACUUCGGGAAGCCCAGCGACGGGAAAGCGGCGUGGUCGGACGCGGUGCUCACUCCCAAGAAGCCCAAGUUAGAGAGUCGAAGCGACUCGCCUGCCUGGGGUUUGUCUGGGAGAGAGGAGAGAGACAGUGGGAGCCCUCCUUGCUUCGAUGAAUACAAAAUAUCGAAAGACUGGGUGGCUAGUUCUACUUUUAGCAACGUGUGCAACCAACAACCCCUGGACUUAUCCAGCGGAGUCAAACAGAAGGCUGAGGGGACAGGCAAGACUUCGGUCCAGUGGGAAUCUGUAUUAGAUCUCAGUGUGCAUAAAAAGCCUUGUGGUGACUCCGAAGGCAAGGACUUCAAAGAGAAUCAUGCAGCUCAGCCAACCUGUAGCGCUGUCAAGAAAAAGAAACCAACCACCUCCAUGCUGCAGAAGGUUCUUCUUAAUGAAUACAAUGGCAUCGACCUACCUGCAGAAAGCACUCCUGACGUGACCAGGAGCCCAAGCCCUUGUAAAUCCCUGGAAGCCCAGCCAGAUCCUGACCUCAGUACUGACUCUCGCUUCUCUACCCCUGCUGCCGAAUCCCCCGCCGAAGUGUGUCCCUCGUCACCCGCCCUACAGACGCCUUCCCAGUCGUCCAGUCAGCUGCCUCCUCUCUUGAUCCCCACAGACCCCCCUUCCCCUCUGGCGUGUCCUCCUGUGCUAACUGUUGCCACUCCGCCCCCUCCCCUCCUUCCCACUGUCCCUCUUCCUGCCCCGUCCUCCAGUGCAUCUCCUCACCGGUGUCCCUCGCCGCUCUCCAACACCACCGCCCAGUCUCCACUUCCAAUUCUGUCCCCGACGGUGUCGCCCUCGCCCUCUCCCACGCCUCCCGGGGAGCCGCUCUUGUCGGCUGCUUCACCUGGGCCUCCAACGCUUUCUUCGUCCUCUUCCUCCUCCUCCUCCUCUUCCUUCUCUUCCUCCUCCUCAUCUUCAUCCCCUUCACCCCCUCCUCUCUCAGCGGUGUCAUCUGUGGUGUCCUCCGGUGAUAACCUGGAGGCUUCGCUCCCUGCAAUAACUUUCAAACAGGAGGAACUAGAGACCGAAAGCCUGAAGCCCAGGGAGGAGCCCCAGUCUGCAGUCAGGCAGGACAUCAUUCAGGAAACAUUCAGCAAAAACUUCAUCUGCAAUGUCUGUGAAUCACCUUUCCUUUCCAUUAAAGACCUAACCAAACAUUUAUCUGUUCAUGCUGAGGAAUGGCCCUUCAAAUGUGAAUUCUGUGUGCAGCUUUUUAAGGAUAAAUCGGAUUUAUCAGAGCAUCGUUUUUUGCUUCAUGGAGUCGGGAAUAUCUUUGUAUGUUCCGUUUGUAAAAAAGAAUUUGCUUUCUUGUGCAAUUUGCAGCAACACCAGCGAGAUCUGCACCCAGACGAGGUAUGUACACACCAUGAGUUCGAAAGCGGGACACUGAGGCCCCAGAACUUCACAGACCCCAGCAAGGCCCAGAUGGAGCAUAUGCAGGGCUUGCCGGAAGACACUUUGGAAACUUCCAAAGAAGAGGAAGAAUUAAACGAUUCCUCAGAAGAGCUUUACACCACCAUAAAGAUAAUGGCGUCUGGAAUAAAGACGAAAGAUCCAGAUGUCCGGUUGGGUCUCAAUCAGCAUUACCCGAGCUUUAAACCACCUCCAUUUCAGUACCACCACCGAAACCCCAUGGGGAUUGGUGUGACGGCCACGAAUUUCACUACCCACAAUAUUCCACAGACUUUCACUACUGCCAUCCGCUGCACGAAAUGUGGAAAAGGUGUUGACAACAUGCCCGAGUUGCACAAACACAUCCUGGCGUGUGCUUCUGCGAGUGACAAGAAGAGGUACACCCCCAAGAAAAACCCAGUGCCGUUGAAACAAACUGUACAACCCAGAAACGGAGUGGUGGUCUUGGACAGUUCGGGGAAAAAUGCCUUCAGACGAAUGGGACAGCCCAAAAGACUGAACUUUAGUGUUGAGCUCAGCAAAAUGUCACCAAAUAAGCUCAAGUUAAAUGCAUUGAAGAAGAAAAAUCAGCUUGUGCAGAAGGCUAUCCUUCAAAAAAACAAGUCUGCAAAGCAGAAGGCUGACUUGAAAAACGCCUCCGAGCCGUCGUCUCACAUCUGCCCGUACUGCAGCAGAGAGUUCACCUACAUUGGGAGCCUGAACAAACACGCUGCUUUUAGCUGUCCCAAAAAGCCCCUUUCUCCUUCCAAAAAAAAAGCCUCUCAUUCAGCCAAGAAAGGUGGACACUCGUCACCUGCAAGCAGUGACAAAAACAGUAACAACCACCGCAGACGGACAGCGGACGCGGAGAUUAAGAUGCAGAACACGCAGGCGCCUUUGGGCAAGACCAGAGCACGCAGCUCAGUCCCUGCCCCGGCCCCGUUACCCUCCUCGUCCUUCAGGUCCAAGCAGAAUGUCAAAUUCGCAGCUUCCGUCAAAUCCAAAAAACCAAGCUCCUCCUCUUUGAGGAACUCUAGCCCGAUACGAAUGGCCAAAAUAACUCACGUGGAGGGCAAGAAACCCAAAGCUGUGGCCAAGAACCAUUCUGCUCAGCUCUCAAGCAAAACGUCCCGGAGCCUGCACGUGAGGGUGCAGAAAAGCAAAGCUGUUUUACAAAGCAAGGCCGCUUUGGCGAGCAAGAAGAGAACAGACCGGUUCAGUGUAAAAUCUAGAGAGCGGAGUGGGGGCCCCAUCACCCGAAGCUUUCAGCUGGCAGCUGCUGCGGACCCAAGUGAAAGCAGGAGGGAGGACAGCAGUGCCAAGCAGGAGCUGAAGGACUUCAGCUAUAGCCUCCGCCUGGCGUCCCGAUGCCCUCCGCCAGCCGCCCCGUACAUCACCAGGCAGUGCAGGAAGGCCAAGGCCCCGGCUGCAACCCAGUACCAGGGACCCUUCCUCAAGGAGUAGACGCUUCGCCUGCUCCCUGACAGCACCUGAAGUGACCUGGAAUCAGUGAAGCCAAAGGGACUGGCAGGCUGCCCUGCAGGGAGCACCGACCCAUCCCAGCUGCGUGAGCCCUCGAGAGAAAGGGAGCGUGCGUGCGUGCAUGCGUGCGUGUGCGUCCAUGCGUGCAGGUGCAUGCACCUGGUCCUCAGACACAGGCCCAGAACCCCGGGGAGGCAGGAAGGUGGUUACUCUGUAGUGUCCUCUGGGAAGACCCUUGGGGACAGCCCUGGGACUGUGUUCUGCAGCUUAGCCUUCCUGUCUGGGUGGGGCUUCUCCUACUAUGCAAUUUUUCAAGAGCUCCUGGACCCUGCUUUCAGCUUCUUGAGUUGUCAUUUGCUGUUGCAGGGACUUUGGUCUGGUCCCGGGGGUCUGCUUCAGUCCCAUCUGAGGAAGGCCUUCAGGAAGAGGUCAAGUUUCCCUUCAGUACAUCCCUGCCCCACCACUGUCCUUCUCCCCCAACAUCUCUGGGAAUCCAUAACAAGUAUGCCCAUUGGGGCCAAGCCUGAACCCUUGGCCCCUGCGCUUGGAAACGCCUUUCUCCUGCCUGUGCAAUUCGAGUUGCUGGCUCCUAUUUCCAGGUUUGAGAUUCCAGUCACAUUGCUCUUGAGUCUUUGCAGAGAACACUGAAAGCAGGUGCAUACAGGGGAAAAUCCGCUCAGUCUGUGGACAAGGUGCCUCCCCUAGGUCAAGCAGGCGAGGCGGAAGGUGCAUGGGACAGGGGGCUCUCCUGGGGCCCUCUUGCCUUGCUUGAUGGGGCCAUCCACACCGUUAGCAUCUGAGCUUCUCCAGUUAGCUGCAAAGGGAAACAAGUAAACACCCCCAAAAAACAGGAAAUGGCAAACAAUGAAAGGAUUAAAAGCACAGGGGGAAGAAGUGAUUUCCAGAGGCCAUAAAUUGCUUGCCAGGGAACGAUGGGGCUGACCCCCGAUCUCUGGUGGACAGUCCAUGUCUUGGUGAAACGGGUGACUGAGCUCGGAGUUGGGACCGGUUCAGUGAGGUUCUUGGGUUUUGUGCCUUUGGGGCAGACCCCGGACAAGGAUGCCUGAGGCCACUUUGGUGCUGUUUUCCCAGCUCCGCUCCGGAAGUGACGUGCUCUGGAAGUGACGUAUGAAACCCAAAGUGGAAGGAGGGGACUUGAGCAAGUCGUCAUACAAUAAAGGGAUUUUUCUUUUCAGGGCUACUAUGGUUGAUCUUGCAACUCUGUACAUAUGUAUGUAGACACUUUUAAAAGCACGUAUUUAUGUCCCUGACUGUAAAUGCCCCAUUUUUAAAGUUUUAUAACAUGUGUUAUUUAAUUAACCAGUCGACUGGCUACAACAUGGGGUCUGAUAAUAGUCCGGGAGAGGAGUCUCAUGAGAUCCUCACAUGGGCAGAAAAAUGCUGAUCAUUGGCCACUAUCACAGUUUUCCUGUCUCCCACCCAGCUCAACUCUGUCCUUUGUUUUUACUUCUCAUGAACUGGAACCCUUUCUCGCGCUCCCACAAUUAACCCUCACGAGCAUGUAGGAGUCGUGGCUAUUCCUUCUCUCAAUGACACGGUUUUGACCCACAACUACUCACAUUCAUGGACUGCACCCCAGCCCCUCUGCUCCGAGGGGCUCCCCUCUCAGCAGCGGGGGAAGCUCACGAACCCAAAGCCUCAAGAGUCACCCCCGCCAAUGGCGAACUGUGGGAGAUGUUUCUGGGGUCUUGGGGGAUACUCUCUUCUGCAUGUGCAAAGGCGCCGGUCACCCUUCAGUACUCCGGGCCUGUCAGGAAAACUGUUCCAAUCAUGAGAAAGCGUGGAGGUCUUCCAGCGUGGGUUUGGAUCACAGAAGAAGACCGUUUUGUAUCUGCCAUGUGAAGAAAACUAAUAAUAAAAGUGCAAAGAGCGAUUGUAGGAA